CGAUUGCCACGACGUAAUCGCAACAUCUCGCAAAUAAAGAAUGUCCGAAAAACUGCAGAGCUCCACAGAGAGUAACUACCAUAUCACCACCGAACGUCGUUGAUUAGCUAGAGGCUACUUGAAGUUUGAUCCGAGCCGAGUCUGAAGAAUGCGACCAUCCCAAUUCUUCUAGGACACGGCGCAUCUAGGCAACAUGGACCCGCUCUCUAUAGCGGCAUCCGUGGUGGAGAUCACGGUAGUGGCCGCGAAAUUGAUUCAGGGUAUCGGUCGGUUUACUCUCGAGGUGCGGUCGCUCCCGGACUCCAUUGCCGAAUUUUAUGAAUCCGUUCACAGCCUCGAACUCGUCCUUGACAGCAUCGACGCGGCGCUUAGAAAACGGAAGGAACAGCUCUCCUUCGAACGAAAUCAUCAUACCAUUAUCAAACAGGUCCUCGAAUCGUGCCAUCGCUCCCUGAAGACGCUUGAAGAUGAAUUACCGCAACUGUCUGAUUAUUCUAGCCCGAUUCAGAAGAUACGACAGAGCCUUGAGAAGCAGAUCAAACAACCUCGCAUCCAGGAAAUCCUGUCCAACAUCAACCAGAGAACGACGGUACUUCAACUCAGCUUGACAACUUUGGAAAUCGGCGCGCAAGCAAGCAUGCAGAAGUCCCAGGAUCAAAUCCAAACCGAUAUCAGGCAGCUGACCGACAACAUCAAGAAUGCUAAACUCACCUGGACCAUAGGAGAUAGCUCCAACAUAUUGCUGCCACCCGAUUCUCCGGAAGACAUGCAUAGAGACACGUUGUCGAAAGAAAUCCGGGACUGGCGGCAGACGGCAGACGACGUGGCAACCGCAGUCUCACUUAACGGCCUCGAUGGUGUGUCGCUAGAUGACAGCAGGAUAAGUCUAGAGACCCUGCCGGCAUGCGAUGAGGAUGGAUUCGACCCCGAGCCAGAGCUCACCAACCACCAGAGCCACGACGUCUUGGAGCUGCAAUACGAAGCGAACCAAGACUACGUUCAGCGACUCGUCCAAUGUCACAUCUUCCUGAAAGCAUCCGCAUACCAGAAACGGGGCAUUGAGCUACGUGAGCAGCUCAGCGAGAAAAGACCUUUCCAGCCUGGUGAGCAGGAUAAUAUGAAGGAGACGCUCGCUGAUAUUCUGCUGAAGUGUGAAACGCCCGAGACCGAUCAAGAGGGAAAAACCACUUUGCAGAAGCUCCUCAAGGAGGAAGUGGCCCGGGAUGCGGCACAUCGCAAUCCCCAUCGGCGGUGUCGGUUGUACCAUAAAUUAGGAUCAUUAUAUCUCAGGCAGAACAGCGUCUCUCAAGCCCGCAAGAUGUUGAGCAGGGCAUUUGAUGGUCGCAAAGCCAUACAACCAAUGCCGCGCGACCUUGUUGAAGACUCGGCAGAACAACUGAUAAGAGUACUCCAACGCGACCAAGCCUUCGACGAAGCCCGCGGCAUCCGCGAAUGGAUCCGACGCGAAAUAUGGCUCGAAACGACACCGCCAGCCACACCACCUGCCGACGGUCACAACUUGAGCAAAUUGUAUCAGUGGUGUCAAGAUAAUGACAUCGACAUCGAGGCGCCGACUUUCCGCUUUGACAUGUGCGACAUGAAAACGGGAAAGACGCCGCUCCAUCGCGCUAUCGAGCACGAGAGCCUAGAAGUCUUGACCGAUAUGCUGUCACACGUCGUGCUUCCGCCCGAGACUCCCGAUGCCCGAGGAGGCUCUACACCUCUCCUUACAGCGGCCGCAACCAAGAACAGGAAGAUCGUGAAAUUGCUCCUAGAAUGUGGCGCCGUGGUCGAUGUGAAGGACAAUUCUCGCAUGACGCCUCUGCACCGCAGUCAAUCGCAAUACGGCGGGCUGCAUACGGCAGAGCUUCUCCUUGGGGCGUGUCCAUCCAUCAUCGACGAGGUGGAUAACUUCAACAAGACGGCACUCUACCUCGCGUGCGAGAAGGGCAACGAGAAGAUGGUACGCAUGUUGAGUCGCGGAGCGAAUCCGAAUAUACAGGGGCCCGGACUCCUUACACCGUUGAUUAUUGCAGUUGAAGUCGCGGCCAAGAGCGCGCGAAAAAUUGCAGUGGUGGAAUUGCUGGUUAGGCAUGGGGCCGACCCAUCGUAUGCUGAUAGCCACAAGAGGACGGCGUUUGAUGCUGCGAGUAACGCUGGCUUGGCCGCCAGCGAAAUCAAGAAGCUGCUGGAUUCGGCAGCAUUCAGACGAUUCAGUAACACGGGUACAAUAAGGAAUGUUGGAGCCCGGCCAUUAAAGUCAACAGACCGGCGGUGCUCAAUCUAGUGUCGUCUUUUCCUCUUGACAAUGCGCUAUGGGCUCUUUUUACCCAUCCCGCUCUUGCCACGGCGAAGUCUCUAGCGAAUGCGACUGAAACAAUCACUGAAGGAGGUCAUUGCGUCGAGAGGCUGGAUCCUGCGCAUUUAGACUUUUGGUUAAGACGACAAAUACAAACAGAUACCAAGCUCUAGAGCCUGGGCGCGGUGUGAAUCUUGGCCGACCGCAGCUACACUGCCUUCAAUUUCGGCGAAAACAUUAUCA